UUCAUUUUCCUUUCUCGAUGUCAUUAUUCGUUCUCCGAAAUCUUCUCUCUUGACUUCGUGUCACAAUCUAAGCCAUUCUAAUCAGUUUCGCAAGUGUGUAUAUAUAUAUAUAGAUCAGCAAAGGUAAACAGCACGCACAUAUUCAUAUUUUGAAUACACAGACAAGAGGAUGGGAACUAUUUGCCAAGAAGUUCCUCCUUUGCCUCAGGAUCUGAAGGUGAGGAUCCAAAACUCGUGCAUGGUUUUUCCAUCCAAACAAACGGAGAGAAGGUCCAUGUUCUUGUCAAACAUAGACAAGGUCCUCAAUUUCGACGUUGAAACUGUUCACUUCUUCGCAUCCCAGGAGGAUUUCCCUCCGGACAUUGUAGCUGAGAGGCUGAAGAGGGCGUUGGCCGAUGCUUUGGUGCCUUAUGACUUCUUCGCCGGAAGACUGAAGCUCAACUCUGAAACCGGUCGGUUGGAGAUAGACUGCAACGGUGCGGGAGCUGGGUUUGUGGUGGCUUCCAGUGACUUGGAGUUGGAUCAGAUAGGAGACUUGGUCUACCCUAAUCCAGCUUUUGCUCAGUUAGUUCAUAAGAAUAAGGAUUUUCUCAAACCGGGUGAUCAGCCACUGUGUGUUUUCCAGCUGACGUCCUUCAACUGUGGCGGCUUUGCGAUUGGGAUCUCAACCAGCCACACCACUGUCGACGGCAUUAGCUUCAAGAUCUUCUUGGACAACCUUGCCGCUUUCGCCGCCAACAAGCCCUUGGCCGUGACCCCUUCCCACGACAGGCAUCUCCUGGCCGCUCGAUCCCCGCCACGUGUUCCCUUCAGCCACCCCGAGCUCCUCAAUCUCGGUAACCUCCCCGUCACGGGCCCCGAGUCUGGAGUAUUCGAAGCCUCCUCUGAGCACCUCGAUUUCAAGAUCUUCCGUUUAACCGCCCACAACAUCAACCACCUCAAAGCCGAGGCCAAGGCCAAUGCCACUGGAGCCGCCCGCAUCACCGGCUUCAACGUCGUCACCGCUCUCGUGUGGAGGUGCAAGGCGUUAUCCGCGGGAGAUGAUCCGAAUCGGUCGUCGACUAUGCUGUAUGCUGUGGAUAUUAGGUCGCGACUGAAUCCUCCGCUGCCGAAGGCCUACGCCGGAAACGCGGUAUUGACUGCGUAUGCGACGGCCAAGUGUGAGGAGUUGAAGCGAGGUCCCUUUGGUCGGUUGGUGGAGACGGUGAGUGAAGGCGCGGUGAGAAUGACGGAUGAGUACGCGAGAUCGGUGAUAGACUGGGGGGAGCUGUACCAUGGUUUUCCGAACGGUGAGGUGCUGGUGUCGUCGUGGUGGAGGCUAGGGUUUGCAGAGGUGGAGUAUCCAUGGGGAAAGCCUAGGUAUAGUUGUCCAGUGGUGUAUCACAGGAAGGAUAUUAUCCUCUUUUUCCCCCCAGAUGAUGAGGCUGAAGGCGGCGGUGGCGUUAAUGUUUUGGUGGCACUUCCUCCCAAGGAAAUGCAGAAAUUCCUCAAACUCUUCCAUGAGUUCUUGAAUUGAUAGAGAUCAUUGGAUGAACAUCUUCUCAUAAUUUAUUCUUUUACAUAUAUUUAUAUGCAUAUAAGUAUUAUAAAUACGUGAUUACUGGCACAAUUGAUGAUGAUAAUCCCUGGGUGUAAUUGUAGAAUAAGCUAUAAGGAUGCUAAGAAGAAAUAUAUACUAGAUAAUUAUUGCAGAUUUUCAGCUGCUUUCUACGAAGGUGGAGCUUCUCAUGGCGUCGAGUCAAGGCACUGGGCAUGAGUUCCCAUGCAUUGCCUGUGAGCAAAAGGAUUUUCUUCACAACUGUUUGUACAGUUACUUGGAUAAGUUCUUGUGAAAUACGCUUUCAAUAUAUAAAAAUUUCCCAGGUAUGCCAA